UCCAAUUUACCUACGUAAACGACAAAUCUUCGCGCUUCUCUCUUUUUUUCUCUUUCUCUCUCUCUUUCUCCGCUUCUCGCGCUAUGUCUCAUUCCGUGCGUCCAUUCCUCCCGCGUAGGCACAUACGCGCGUACUCGACACAAGCUAACGGCAAAGCAGACGCAUUUUUCCGCUGCUCGUUGCAUUUCCACAGAGUGUGCGGCUAAACAUCAUUGUGAGCAGAUGGCGCGACUUCGUUUCUCCGGAGCAACUUUGAAAAAUACAUCCCUCUGUGGUAUCAAAUGGAGAAAACUCGUGUGGGGCGAGGUGACCGGCGGUUUCGGUGGCACGCCCCUCGAGGAUCCGGUGCUGUCGAGUUUCUCGCGAUGUUUAGCUGGUGAUAUAUUAUGUGUGUGGCGACGAGUGGCCGCUACACCGGCCACUUCUGGUCCAGCUGCAGCCGCCUCUUCGGCGCCCGGGGCUGGCAUCUUCGACCUGGGCAUCGCACCCUCACCCGCACCUCCGCCACUUUCCCUUACUGCCGCCAAAGAGCUCUGGAUCUUCUGGUACGGCGAGGAACCCGAUCUCUCCGGUCUCGUAUCACCGGAGUUGAUCGCUUGCGAAAGCGAGCAAGGUUCUUGGGAAAGCGGAUUAUCGUACGAAUGCCGGUCACUUCUUUUCAAGGCUCUGCAUAACUUGAUCGAACGGUGUUUGCUAUCCCGUGACUUCGUUCGCUUAGGAAAGUGGUUCGUGCAACCUUACAAUGGCUAUGAAAAACAUCGUUGCAGCAGUAGCCACUUGUCAUUCUCGUUUGCAUUCUUUGUUCAUGGAGAAAGUACAGUGUGCGCGAGUGUGGAUGUUAGGCAACAUCCUGCGGUGCGACAUCUCACAAAGACAUGUCUACAACGUACACAGACCUCCCAAUCUGGUGUUAAAGUGAUUCUAGCCCCUUAUGGACUAGCGGGCACAUUAACCGGCCAGGUGAGCCGCAUGGAGAGCCAACUUCUUGAAGAAUGGAAACACUUCUAUCCGAUCAGUACUGGCAUUAAUUCUGAGAAUGGGCUUCCAUCUCUCGUGGAGGUUCUCGUCGGUGGUGUGCGCAUGCGUUAUCCUUCUUGUUAUGUCUUAGUUACGGAUAUGGAUGAUACACCACCCGAAACUCCUCUCUCACCGCCGAGCAGUCCCGUUACUUACGAACGACCUCUCUUAACGCAACAGGAACUGAGCGCAGCUACCGAAUUGCCGGAACGAGUAUGGGCAGAAUGUACUUUGAGCUCACCAAUGUCUGCUUUUAAAACAGAAUCUUCCACCGAACAUGGAACGUGGACAUUUGUGGAACCAACGCAAAAGUCUUCCUGUACCUGUUCAAAGAAUCUAUUAAGAAAUAAUAGAGAAGAUGCAUUCACAAACGGACAAGAUGUUAAGUACAUCGGUUGCAGGUUACAUACGACCCCCGGGGGUUGGAAGAGCCUGGCCUCCUCUCAGGUUCAGAGGGAGAGAGUAGAUAAAGGUGGACGGAGGGUCGUACCAUUUCACCGACGCUCUACCACCCAAUGGGAUGCUUGUCCCUCUGUCCCUGCUAAUGCCCCCAGGUCAGUAUUGAAUAGAAUAGAAGCACCCGGUACACCACCGGGCGGUCCACCUUCAUAUUCACGCGGACCACCAACGGGAGGAGAUUGUCUACCUGUACCAUCGGUCGGCUCGCCGGGUUCUCCGGCACCGUCACCUCUUUUAACUCCACACUCGGAGCCAGCAUCAGUUCCGCCUGCAGAGCCUACGAUGCCGACUCUGAGCCCGCAACCUCCACCCAGUCACACCAACACUGCCCCACUGCCCCUAACUCCGUCACAAGGGCCCAAAUCUAUUUCUUCCGCGUGCAACAACCAGGUGCACAGUCCGUCAAUACCCGGACCGAUACUCAAACGGCCGAUCUUGACAUCUAGAGAAUAUGAGGAUGCUCUUUUAGAAGAUGAGCAACCGUUGUCUUGGCUGUACGAUUAUUCUCUUCAGGAGGCAUGGUUGAAUCAUCCCGUUAAACGUUUCAAAGCUGCAAAUACUAUUAAUCCAUCAACUAACCGCAAUAACACUCUGUAUCCACCGACCAACUCUCAAACACUUCAAGUUUCCAAGUUGGAAAUUAAGCAAGAACCCGUCGCAGUUGGUGAAUGUAUCGGAAGAAGUGAUCCAUACGAGUUUGAUGCGACGGGUGAAGAAAACGGCACGAAUGUCGACAGUCUCAGACGACAAAGAGACGAUCCAUCUAAACCGGGAUCUCUCUUUACUAGCGAAGGUCUUCAACCAUCUUACAAAGAUCUAGAUCAAAUAUUUGACAACUCCGAUCCUGAUACUUCCAGUGACGAAACAAAUUUGAAUCAACUGCAAAUACAGACACCACCAGGUUCUAACAAAUCAGGUGGAUUACAUGAGGAAACGAGAAUAGACAGUACAAGCAAGAACAACAGUCGUGGAGUUACGGUUCUGCGGCCAGAGGAACUUUCUAAAAUGUUUCCUACACCGCCCUCUUUGGAACAUAAUCCGGUCGCUUCUCCUUGUCAGUUGAACGAUCCUCUUAUGGACCAGACUGAGUUGAUGAUGCCCGUACGACCGUUAAGACAUCUUCCUGAUAUCUAUCCCAACAUGGGCUCGCCACAAGAAGAGCCGAUCGAUGAUUGGUCAUACGUGUUCAAACCAUCUGUCAUCUGCAAGAUGGUUGGUUCUUCCAAAUACGCUCCCCUCACAAAUCUGCCUAGCCAAUCUCUGCCAUCCAUCACACUGCCAUCGCACUGCGUAUACAGACCUUCCUGGCAGUGCAAUCCUGCUUCCACCAAUCAGGACAAAUCUCUUCCACCAACUAGACCUGGAUCCGUGCAGCAGCAGCAGCAACAACAACAACAACAACAACAGCAGCAGCAGCAACAGCAGCAGCAACAACAACAGCAGCAGCAACAGCCAUGUCCAUCAAGUCCAGCGCCACCUUAUCGCUCGACAACUCUCCCCGGUAGGCCACCACCACCACCACCACCUCCGUAUGAUCAGCCAAGUCCGGCUACUUCCACCACUUCUUCGUAUCUCAACAAAAAUCUUAACAGUAUCGAAGCGGACACACCAGGACCUGUUCGCGCACCCGAGUCAAAUUCUCUCGUAGUGAAUAUUCUCCUCGGUGACACGGCGCUUAAUAUUUUCCGAGAUCACAAUUUCGACAGUUGCAGUCUGUGCGUGUGUAACGCCGGGCCUAAGGUUGUGGGCAAUAUUAAGGGUGCCGACGCAGGCGUAUAUCUCAACAAUUCAUGGGCAGGUUCCGCGCUUUUUCAAGAUGACGAUCCAAUCAGAUGCAGUUGCGGUUUUAGUGCCGUAGUGAAUCGUCGACUUGCACACCGAGCAGGUCUGUUUUACGAAGACGAGAUGGAAAUAACAGGUGUCGCCGAAGAUCCGGCGGAAAAGAAAAAAGGAUCGCUUGCUGCAAUCGCGUGUCCGGGAUCAAAAACGGUUCAGGAAGGUCUCGAUACGAUACCGCAGAAUGUUCUGGAGUUGCUUCGCGAGCAAUGUAUGAUCGUUCAAAGCUCGGCCAGCAGUCUGUAUCGAGCGGCCAGGAUACGUGCUAGCACGAAAAGCUAUCCGACACUUGCGCCGACGGUAAACACCUUGGAACUUAACGACAGCAAUGAAGUAUGUAUUGCGGCGCUCGAUCAAGGCAAGAUUGACAGUACGCAUAACGACCGGGCUGCGCGCGUUAACGGUGUACAUCGAUGGGUGUUUUUGAAAGCGCAAGGACCUCAGUGCAGCGGUGAUAUCGUGCGAAUGAUGAGAUCGUUGCAACCAUUACUGCAGGAUGCGGUACAGAAAAAGUGUACGACGCGCAUGUGGGAGGCGCCGUAUACGGUUGCUGGACCGCUUACAUGGCGGCAAUUUCAUCGUUUGGCUGGUCGUGGCACUGAUGAUCGCUGUGAACCACAACCGAUACCCGCUCUAGUCGUUGGAUACGAUCGUGAUUGGCUGUCAUUGUCGCCAUACGCAAUCUGUUUCUGGGAAAAACUUUCGCUGGAACCGUUUGCUGGACCUAGAGAUGUUGCGUACGUGGUAGUUGCGCCCGAUAGCGAUUAUAUUAUAAAUAAAGUCAAAUCGUUCUUUCGUGAGCUUUCCUGCACGUAUGAGAUUUGCCGAUUAGGAAGACACACGCCAAUUUCAAAGCAGUUGCGCGAUGGAAUCUUACGUGUCGGUAAAUCAACCGUACAGAAAAUAGCGAAACAACCAAUGGACGAUUGGUUUAAGCUUUUAGGAGAGAAUCAAAUAGGCGAGUUGUUGAGGUUAUAUGCCCAAGUGUGUAAUCAUCGGUUAGCUCCAUAUCUGACGCAGGUCAUACAAGAUCGUAGUUUGUUAGAUCCCGGUGAUUCUCAAUCACCCAAUAAGCAGCAACAACCGCAAUCCACUAUUUCCGUUUCCGAAACAAUGCCGGCUACACCUGAUGUAUUAACGACCAAACCUGAGUCUAUCGAAGGGGAGAAUCCGAGGAGCGAUACUCCCUCCUCAAGCACUACCAGUCAAACCACUACCAAUACAACUGGUAAUUCAACACCGACUUCACAAACGAGUACUAGCACGCCGAUUACCACAGGUCCAGAUGAGGAAGAAGUUGAACCUCCAGCUAUCGUUGUCUAUUUUGUCGAGCCUUUCUCGUUAGGUGGUACCGAGGAUCCUGAUCGUCGGCGGCUCGCUAUCUUGGCUCUACUCAGAGCUUACUCCACUGCAAUCAAUAGCAUGCCCGAGAAUAUGAGAUCAAAUAUUCAUGUCCAGAUAAUAUCGUUGGAGAGCAUAUUGGAGUUAGGAGCUCGAGAAAGGCGAAAGAUACAAGAUGAAAUGAGAGCUUUAGCUUUGAACGUCUUUUUGCAAGGACGACGACUGUUGAAUCACAAUUCCACUGUAAAAAGUCUCACCGGUUUCGGUACCGCCGCUGCCGCGGACCUCUUUCUUAAGAGUAAAGAUGAACGGAACCGGGCGCCUUACCGGCUCUACGCACCAGCCUUCGUGCUAGCGCCACUACGAGCGAAGAGCGAAGCUCCCGAUUCAUUCGGUAUGGCGAGGCCUGAAGAAUGCGCAGUGCUUUACUUGAGCUACUGUUUGAGCGAGGAUCAAUCGUGGCUGUUGGCGGCCGCGACCGACGACAGGGGUGAAAUCUUUGAGACGGCUACUAUUAACAUUGACAUACCCAAUCGAAAGAGAAGAAAACGCGCAUCAGCUAGGCGUAUCGGUCUUCAGAAACUCAUGGACUUUAUACUAGGCGUUAUGUCUCAGGGUGUGCAGCCAUGGAGAUUGGUUGUAGGUCGUGUAGGACGCAUCGGGCACGGCGAAUUGAAAGGAUGGAGCUGGUUACUUUCUAGAAAAGCACUUUUGAAAGCAUCAAAGCAUCUGAAAGAAAUAUGCGGACAGUGCAGUCUCUUGUAUCCUUCGGCGGCACCUUGUGUACUCAGCGCAUGUUUAGUCUCGCUUGAGCCGGACUCUACUCUAAGAUUAAUGGCCGAUCAGUUUACUCCUGACGAGAGAUUUAGUCAGGCAUCCGUAAACUGCCAGUUAUCCACACCGCAAGAUGUCACGUGCACUCAUAUACUUGUUUUUCCCACAUCCGCUACUACUCAGUCAUCACAGACAGCAUUUCAAGAGCAACACAACGUACCCGAGUUAGGAGAUGACGAAUUGUUCUCUGCUCUGAAUGACGAUAUGCCAGAAGGCAUGGAGGGAAUGGGAGAUUUUAACGAUAUAUUCAACGUAUGGCCUGAACCAGGAGCAGGCGGUGGACAAAGCCCGAACGGAAGUCCACAUCGUCCUGAAGGAUCACCGCACGGAGGAGAUGGCGGUGGUUCAGGUUUAGGCAAUCACGAUGGUCCUGGUAGUCCCUUUCCAUGCAGCAAUACGCCAAGAAUAGCGAUAACCGAACAAGCAGAAGAAGUUGGCACACUUCUACAACAACCGCUCGCUCUUGGUUAUCUGGUGUCAACUGCGCCAACGGGAAGAAUGCCACCGUGGUUUUGGGCAGCUUGUCCUCAUCUUGAAAACGUUUGCCCGGUGUUUUUGAAGAACGCAUUACAUUUGCAUAGCCCUGCGAUACAGCAGAACAGUGACGAUUUACUUCAGCAACAAAGCGCACCAACCGCACAUCCGUUGGAUUCGCAGUACACCACUGAUGUGCUCAGAUACGUAUUGGAAGGAUACAACGCACUGUCGUGGCUCGCGUUAGAUGCGAAUACCAAGGACCGAUUGUCCUGCUUACCAGUGCACGUACAGGCGCUCAUGCAUCUCUACCAUGCAACGGCAGCUCUCGUCUGACCCACACCCUCUCCCUUUAUAGCGCAGUAUGUGCACCUCUCUCACGCACUCCUUAUCGUCACUUGGGGCUUUACGAGAGCAAUUGAUUUUCUAUGCCCUUUACCUAUACUACAUUAGUUAGGUGGUUAGAGACAGAGAUUGUCUAGGUACAGAGUACGAUCCUUCUCGACUAUAUGUUAAGAAAAUCAAACCUUUUUUACUCGGAAUAUAAUAUAUUAAUACGCAACAUAGUGUGCAAUAAGAUGAGAAUGUAACGGCUGAAAACGCAAAACCCGAUGAGAGAACCAAGUAUACAGAUUCAAUCAGUUUUCUUUGUUUCCUCAUUAUAUAACAGACGCGAAAUAGAUUGUACUUUGUGUUUACGACCGUAUCUCGUAUUUCAUCUGGAAAUAAAGCAUCCAAUACGAUUAUUGUGCUAGCGAGAACAAAUGUGAGCAAAACUGAUUGCGUAUUAUAGAGAUGCGAGGUUGCGAGUGAUAUGAGAGAAAAAGAAAAACUACGGUUGAAAGAGGGAGAGAGUGAAGAGGAAAAAGGAAAAGGUUGAGAGAAAAGAACAAGCAAGAUAUUGACAGUAAAGAAAAAUAUGAAAACUGAGAGUGCAUAACAAGAAAAUGAUUUUUUGAUUGCCUCUCUGUCGCGAUAUAGAUAGUUUAAUUACAAAUCAGAAUCUCUAGGAAAAUUAUGUAACUAAAAGGUUUUAAUUGUAAAUUUAAAUUUUGUAUAAAACUUUUAUUAUUGAUGACGACGAAGUAAUACAAAUGAUAUUACGUUGUUUUUUAAUUUUAUAUAGAUAAUAUAAAAAACAAGAGGUUGACUUCUUUUUUAUAAGCGAUGCCUCGUACAAGCCCCUAGUGUAAAAAUAACUAUGAUUAUAAUAUUAUAUUAUGCUCGCGCGGCACUGGGUCGCUGUUAUCAUGUUUCCUGGACCCGUUAGCGCAAUUUUUCGAUGCUGUUUGACAAAUUUUAUUCAGAUUAGGUGACCUAUACAUUAUACACGUACAUUAUAUAGUGUAAAAUAUUGUUUUUAAAUAAUUUAUGAGAAGUGAGACAUCGCCGAGAUUAGAUAAUUGAGAGUGAAAGAGACUGUAUGUGAGUGAAUGAAUGAGUGAAUAAGUGAGUGAGUGAGUGAGCGAAUGUACAAACGGAUGAAUGAAUGAGCGAACGAGUGAAUGAGUGAGUAAAUAAUCGAAUGACACGAGUAAGCGAGCGAGCAAGCAAGCAAGCAAGCAAGUGAAUGAGCGAACGAGUAAAUGAGUGAGAGAGUGAGUGAGUAAAUGAGUGAGUGAGCGAACGAGUAAAUGAGUGAGAGAGUGAGUGAGUAAAUAAUAGAAUGAGCAAACGAAUAAAUGAGUGAGAGAGUGAGUGAGUAAAUAAGCGAGUGAACGAGUAAGUGAGCGACUGAACGAGUGAGUGAGCGAAAGAGAGAGGAAAGAAGAAAGGAAGGGAGAGAAGGAAAAAGAAAGGGGAGAAAAAGGAAGUAAGAAGAUAAAUGAGAGCAAGUGAGAACGAGUUAGUUAUGCAGAGAUUGUUUUUCUCCAACCUAAUUUAAUGAAUAAUUUGAAGAAAAAUGAAGAGAAAUGUGGGGCGCGUCUGAUUGGAGCCACUGUGGCCAAUUGCGUCAGUCGCAUAGUACAAAAUAUGACUUGUACAUAGAACCCCUAAUUCCCUAAUUGGUUAAUUUACUCAUACACCCACUCUCACUCUGUAUCUAUAGUAUUUAUUACUGGGUAGUACGCAAUUAUUGGGAUAAUUAUUAUUAUUAAAAUUAUUACUAUUAUAUUAAUAUUACGAAAUACAGUUUUAUGUGUAUAUAUAUAUAUAUAUUAUACAUAUAUAUCUAUAUAUAAUUAUAUGCUGUUUUGUAUUUGCAGCGCCCGCGAAAUUAUGUUGCAAGCACAGUAGAAAUAUAUAAGCAAUAGUUUUUUGUUCUUAUAGCAAAAGAAAUAAAAAAAAAAAAAA